GAUAAGUUAAAAAAAAAUGGACAAGUCGUCGCCGGAAAGUUUGAUCGUCGUCAAGAAAGACCACGACGGGAUAGCUUACGUGACGAUCAAUCGCCCAAAGUCCUUGAAUUCGUUGACGAAGCCAAUGAUGACUGAUCUGGCGCGUGCAUUCAAGUCCCUUGACUCCGAUGAAUCCGUCGGCGCCAUCAUACUGUCCGGGUCGGGUCGAUCUUUUUGUUCGGGUGUGGACCUGACGUCGGCGGAGGAUGUUUUCAAAGGAGACGUGAAGGAUGUAGAGGCCGAUCCGGUUGCUCAGAUGGAGCGGUGCCGUAAGCCGAUCAUAGGGGCGAUUUCAGGGUUUGCUAUUACGGCGGGGUUCGAGAUCUCGCUUGCUUGUGAUAUAUUAGUUGCUUCUAAAGAUGCGAAAUUCAUCGAUACACAUGCCAGGUUUGGGAUAUUUCCUUCAUGGGGUCUCUCUCAAAAGCUUUCUCGUAUAAUAGGACCCAACAAAGCUCGAGAGGUGUCUCUAACAGCCAGCCCGUUAACUGCAGAGGAUGCGGAGAAGUGGGGAUUGGUGAACCAUGUGGUUGAAGGUAGUGAAUUGUUAAAGAAAGCCCGUGAAGUUGCAGAGGCCAUCAUGAAAAAUAAUCGAGAUUUGGUGUUGAGGUACAAAGCAGUUAUAAAUGAUGGUUGCAAGCUAGAUCUGCAUCAUGCUCUUUUGCUAGAGAAGGAGAGGGCUCAUGAGUAUUACAAUGGAAUGACAAAGGAGCAGUUCAAGAAAAUGCAGGAAUUUAUAGCAAGUAGAAGCUCAAAAAAACCCGCUUCUAAGUUGUAGCCAAAGAUUCCUUUUGGUUUUUCCGAAAGCAACAAACAAUUCCCAUAUGUAGAAUGAAUGUGUUACGGUAAUAAAUAAUAUGAUGUCAGCAAGUUGUUAAUGGAACCAGAAAAACUUGAAUCCAUUUCCAACUUGUUAUCGUAAUGGACCAAGAAUCAAAAUUAAUGAUUUUAGUUCACAUCAAAA